AACAUGAAACGAACGUGCUGGAAGCCCAAGCCAAAGUCGAGGUAACGCGUCGGGACAAGAUCAUGUUUGAGUAGCUGCACAAGUGGCGGAUCGUGGGUUUUACUCUUUCAUUUCUCACAGCAUAAACACCAAUGGCGGGUCGCAGUUUAGUGUGUGUUAUCUUAGUGGCCGGCCAUGCACAGCAGCUGAAACAAGACAUUGAGGUGAGUAACACUACGGCCAAGGAACAUGAGGAAGAUGAGAGUGGCAAGUACAUUCACCUUAAGGGUGUGCCCAAAGCCCUCUUACCAGCUCCUCAAGGGAAGCGCAUUUUGGACCACUGGUGGGAUGCUAUCAAAACACGCCAGCUGUUUAGUGAUGUAUUCUUAGUCACUAAUGCGGACAAAUACAAACACUUUGAACGCUGGGCAACUGCUUCAGACUUUCCAGUGGAGAAUAUUAUCAAUGAUGGAUCAACCAUUUUAGAUAAUGCCUUGGGAUCUGUUGCUGAUGUUGAACUUGCCAUCCGUACCAAAAACUUAUGGGAAAAUGAUAUUUUGGUUGUUGCUGGUGACAUGCUGUUUCAGGAUAGCAAGUUUGAUAUGGCACAGGUACUUGACUACUUCUACAGGACACCUGAAGGCGAUUUGGCUAUAUAUUAUGAGAUGGGGUCUUUGGAACCCACCUUUUCAAGGGGUAUUGUGGAAGUGUGUUCAAAGACAAACAGGAUAACAAAGUUCUUGGAGAAACCUGCACCUCAUGAGACGUGCUCGAGGAAUGCUAGUGUUGUAUUUUAUGCCUUUCGUUCUGAGACUGUUUCACGCCUUCCUGUGUAUCUCCAAGAGUAUAGGGCUUCCACUCAACGUACCUUUGGUGCUUUCAUGCAGUGGCUCAUUAAUGAUUUAAAGGUACUGGUGUAUGGGAUGAAGCUACCCACAGGUUUUCAACUCAUUGGUCAAGUAGGCUUAAAGGAUUAUGAAUCAUGGAACUCGUACUUUGCUGACCAAGCCAAGAAAGAGUGUAAGGCCCCAAGAUCCCACCGAGCAUAUGCAAGAGUUGGCAUUAUGGGCAAUCCAUCAGACGGGUUUUUUGGCAAGACCAUUUCCCUUUCCAUUGCCAACUUCUGGGCUGAAGUGACCAUAAAGGCAAGUGCCAAACUACGACUCCUUCCUCACCCUCUAAAUGACCCGAUAGAUUUUGGGUCGCUCUCAGACCUGUACGGAAUCAGUAAUAAGGAGGGAUAUCUCGGAGGCUUGCGCUUGCUCCAGGCCACAUGCAAGAAGUUCUAUCAUUUUUGUGCCACUAGAGGCAUUGCACUGACGCGCCAGAACUUCACGCUGUCCUAUGAUACGAACAUCCCCCGCCAAGUUGGCCUAGCUGGCAGCUCAGCCAUUGUAACAGCCACCCUCAAGUGCCUCAUGGACUUCUUCAAUCUAUCAGACCAUGACAUGCCCAAGACUCUUCAGCCACAAUUCAUCCUGGAUGUGGAAAAGGAAGAGCUGCGGAUAAAUGCUGGAUUGCAGGACAGGGUUGUGCAGAUUUAUGAGGGAUUGGUGUAUAUGGAUUUCACACGAUCAUUAAUGGAAAGUCAAGGACACGGGAAUUAUGAACAUCUUGAUGUAGAUUUGCCGCCACUUUUCCUUGUUUAUCUGCCAAAUCCCAGUGACUCGGGCAAAAUCCACUCAGAUGUUGCUGCUCGUUGGGAGAGAGGAGAUGAUAAAGUUUUGGAGGGAAUGAAAAAGUUUGCAGACCUAACUGAAGAAGCCAAAACAGCCAUCAAGAAUCAUGAUUGGUCUACCCUAGCUGACUUAAUGAAUUCAAACUUUGAGAUGCGAAGAGAACUGUAUGGCGAUGCGGCUCUGGGUGUCGAUAAUCUGAAAAUGAUUGAGAUCGGAUGCAGUUUUGGUGCUGCAGUGAAGUUCCCCGGCAGCGGUGGUGCUGUAUUGGGCUUCUUGAAUGACCAGAGUAGAAUGGAGGAACUUCGUCAUCGUUACCAGCAGGAAGGUUGUGUAGUUGUUGAUAUCAUACCCAAAAAACCAGUGCCAAAAAAUAACAGCAUUUGAGAAUGUGUGUGGUUAGCAUUAUUGUGCAAAUAUGUAUGCUAUUUUUAAUCAUUGUUCUAGAUUAUUUAUAGGUUAGAACAGUUGUUAGUUUUUAGCCUUUAUCUGCUACUGCAAAGUAACAGGAACUAAGCAUCAGUUUUUACUUAUUAUUCAGUUGUCAUGAAUUGUUGAUAAUUUCAAGGAAGAGUUGCAGAUUUUUAUUCAAGAAUGAGAUGUCCUAUCUCAUAGGUGCAGAGUUUUCUUAAUGCAUGAAUAUUAUAUACUAAUUUUUCCUUUUUUCCAGUUAUCAGCUUGCAUUCUUUAAUGUAUGAGUAGUAGCUUUGCUUUUCAAAGUCUUCUCACAUAUCCAUGAUAUACGGUAUAGCUUCUGUCUGUACACGAUGGAAGUUCAGUCUUUGCUUGCUGGUGUAUUGUAAUUUUUAUAGAGUAGGAGACUACUAUGAACCCAAAAACCAAUACUACUGAUGCAGCUUUAGAUGUUGAUUGUGGCUGUCAGUUACCAAUUAUUGAAGCAGGUAUUAGUAUUAGCGAGAUCUGUUGCGAAAGUUGUGGUGGAUGCUUUAUAUUCUCUUUAAUUGCUAUUUUAUAUAAUUUGAAGUUCAGGGUGAUCAUGCAACUACUGCUGAAGUGCACAGUGAUAGUAGACAUACCUGCAAGUGAGGAUGAAAUGUUUGAUGUAAUUCCAGUAUUGUAAGUUACUUUUAAUCAUAUUUUGAUACACUUUUAUGUACUCUAUACUUGUAUGUGACAUUUAUGUAUCGCACAAUCCUCAGGCCUUAUGAAUAAUCCUCGGAUGAAUAAUGUGAUUAUCUUAUGAAGAGCUCUACAUGAAAUAUUAUAGUCAUAGUUUGAUAAGAAAGUUAUUUAAUUUCAACAAGAUUAAAAGAUGCAUGGGCUAAAGAUUAUGCUGUAAAUUUUAUUUUUUGACCAUGUAAUAGGUUAGGUUAACCAAUUAGGAUUCCAAUAUUUUUUAUUUUUUAUUCUUGGGCUGUGAAUAUUCAUUGCAGAUAUUUUUUAUUUAUUCAGGCGAUGGCAUAUUUUACUGUACCAUUAUAUUUGUUAUAUUUUCAAACCGUAUGAGGUACUGUACUAGCAUAGGCAUGGUGAGACUGAUAACUACAGUAGCAAAAUGUAAUCCAAUGUUGUAUUUCCUUGAAGCAUUUCAGUAUUUUGAGAACCAUGCUCCUUAGGUUGACAAUAAAUUGACUUGUAAACGAUUAGGUUUACAAGGUAUGCUUUUUUUAGGGGAAUUUACAUUUUUUGCAGUUACGGUUAUGGCAAUGGGUAGAUUUGAUGUGGAGAGUCUUAGAUAUAUUGUUAUUGUUAUUGGUGUUGUGAUGCUCAAAUACUUAAUAUGUCCUGAAUUUAGGAUUUUUAAGAUAAAGUGAUGCACUAUUUUAGAUGUAGGUGUUGGCAUUGUCUUCCUUUAAAAAGAAACAGUGUGCUGAGUUUAGUUCAGCUGAGGAUUCAGAAAAAAUCAUGAAUGUUUUUUCUAUUUCUUAGACAAUAUUAAAUAUUAAAAGUAGUUUUAGCAACUCUGUACUACCUAUUUGACUCAAAUACACUUUGUGCUUGCAAGUAGAAUGGGGAUGGGCCUUGCCCAGGUUUUUAAGAGCAUGUUUCAAAAUAUUUCCAAGGCAUUCCUGGCUUAUCAAAUAGAGAUAGACAUCUCUCAGAUAGAUAAUAUUAUAUCUUUUUUGUUUUGUGAUUUGUAAAUGUAUAUUCCUGCUGUAUGAUUUUUUGAUGUGUUUAUGAUUUAUUUAUUACUUGCAAAUUUGUCACUGUUAAACAAUAUGCAAUAUGCACUUUGUUGAAUUUGUAAUAAAUGUUUUAUUUUGA